GCGGCGGAGUCGCGGCUGCCGCCACCUUCCGCACACCAGCAGCAGCAGCAGCGGCAGCAGCGCGGGGCUCUGCGGAGCGGCGGGAGCGCCAAUGCCCGGACCGACUCAAGCCCUGUCCCCAAAUGGCGAGAACAACAACGACAUCAUCCAGGAUAACGGGACCAUCAUCCCCUUCAGGAAGCACACGGUGCGGGGGGAGCGCUCCUACAGUUGGGGAAUGGCGGUCAACGUGUACUCUACCUCUAUAACCCAGGAGACUAUGAGCAGACAUGACAUCAUUGCAUGGGUUAAUGAUAUAUUAGCUUUAAACUACACAAAAGUUGAACAACUCUGUUCAGGAGCAGCUUACUGCCAGUUCAUGGACAUGUUGUUCCCAGGGUGCAUUAGCUUGAAGAAAGUAAAGUUUCAAGCAAAGCUGGAGCAUGAGUACAUUCACAACUUCAAACUUCUGCAGGCAUCAUUUAAAAGAAUGAAUGUGGAUAAGGUAAUUCCUGUGGAAAAACUGGUCAAAGGGCGCUUCCAAGACAACUUAGAUUUCAUUCAAUGGUUUAAGAAGUUCUUUGAUGCUAACUAUGAUGGGAAGGAGUAUGAUCCUGUGGAAGCUCGACAAGGCCAAGAUGCUCUUCCUCCACCAGAUCCUGGUGAACAGAUCUUUAACCUGCCCAAAAAGUCUCACCAUGCAAACUCUCCAACUGCAGGUGCUGCUAAAUCCAGUCCAGCUUCUAAACCAGGAUCAACACCUUCUCGCCCGUCUUCAGCAAAAAAAGCUACACCAAGCAGCUCAGCAUCCAAAUCAGAUAAAGAUUUGGAAACUCAAGUCAUACAGCUCAGUGAACAGGUACAUUCAUUAAAACUUGCACUUGAAGGUGUGGAGAAGGAAAGGGAUUUCUACUUUGGCAAAUUAAGGGAGAUUGAACUUCUCUGCCAAGAACAUGGGGGAGAAAAUGACCUUGUCAAUCGGCUAAUGGAAGUCCUUUAUGCUUCAGAUGAACACGGAAUUACCAGUACUGCAUAUGCCUCAAUUAGAAGUACAGAAAGUACAUUUCAAUAUAAUUUUAUGAGAUGCUGCUUUCCUCAGGAGAGCCACACAGAUGAGCAUGAAGGUGAAGAGCAAGUCCAUGAACAGCCCCAGCAGCAGGAUGAGUACUGACUCACGCAGCAUCUCUGACAAUUUUCGUUUUGUGUGAGAACUUUCUUCUGGAGAAUGGAACGUGUGCGGCCUCAAACUUGAAAUCAGUUCACUCCCAGUCUGCCAUUAACAUUUAUGUACCAUAGUGAGUGCCAGCCAACCACUGCAUUCUGUACCAAUACUUUGCCAAGAUGCAUUUGCAGGCGUCUUCUUUCAGUGUAUCUUCCCAAGAGGUUGUAGGGCUACAUCACCUACUGUACAUCACUGCAACGUCACCACUUGGCUGCUUGAGAUUUGUUCUGCUCUUUAAAAAUAUAUAUAUUUAUUUUUUUUCUUUUUCGUCUUAAGUAUGAUACACUUGUAACUUGUUCUAACAUAUUUAUAUUGGCAUUUUGUGUGGCAAGGAGUUCUGUACCACUAGCUGUGUCUCUCACUUUGUGGUGCUUUUGCAUUUUCUAGUACAUCUGCCUUGGGGCAUCGAUUUGGCCAAACAGUUGAAAUAAAGGGAUACAGUGGAUGUCAUACUCAAGCCAUAACGAUGAGGUUGUGUUGUGGAGGAAAACGCUUGUGUUGCUCGCAUUUAUUCCUUUCCUGCCUUCACAAAUGGAAGGCAGAGCAUCUGUUUCACUGGGAGAUUUAAACCCCUGUUAGGAAGCUUGUUAGAAAGCUGCAUGGUAUGUUUUUUGGCUGAUUUCUGGAGGAACAGACAUCCACCUAAGCUUUUUGAAAACCCUCCCAGUUUCCUAACUAGUCAAUAGACAUUUCCCAGCUUUUCUUCCUUUCUGAGGAAUCCAGUCCCAGCCUCCAGCUGCAGCUCUACCUCCACAGAGCUCAGUGCUGAGGGAGGAGAGAAAUCUCCUUGACACAAGUGUAGCUGCAGGACACAGUCUGUACCAUCAUCCUUGGCUUCCCGCUUCUCAGAAAAGGAGAAAGUAGGCCACACAUUUCUUUCCACUUUCCUUCCCCCUUCCACUGCCCCAGCCAUACAAGUCUAGAAGACAGAAAUUUGGUCACUAGUGCAAAGUAUGGGGGGAAGCAGCAACAGCACUGGCCCUGAACCGUACCCCAAACUCCCCUGUAAGUGGAUGGUGGACACUUCACAAGUUUAAGGCUGCUUGUAAAGCAUGGAGAAGCAGUGAGGAGUCCUCCUGGAGACAGGGCACACAUUAGAGGGAGACCAUUUGACUGAGGGUACAGAGCUGGUUCUGCUCUUGGCUGGCCUUCCUCCUUUAAGGCCAGUGUGGUGCAGAACCAUGUGUGCGCUGGAGAUUCUGCAGUGGGAGUGUUCCCUUCCGGUGUGGUCCCAUGGCCCUGUUCUAAAUGAUGGUAUUUUAUAAGGAGAGGUAUCUUGAAGUAUAAAAAGCAUUCCUUGUUCUUCUCCUACCACUGCACAUUGUAGUCUCUCUGGUUAUUUAAUGCCUGGUAUUCUUGGUCUCUCCCUUCAUUUUCUGAGUUCUGGUUUGCUGUGCUGAUUUAGCAGGUACGUGGAAGUCCCAUGCCAAUUGGCAUUCACUGAAAAACUCCACAGCCUAUUGGGCAGCUAAAUAAUUUUAGGUGUUUGUAGGCUUCUAAAGCAUUAGGUCCCCAGCUGUACUUCUACAGAAAGGUUUCCAACACAUCAGCCCCCAGGCACACACACAUGCACAUGCAGUUUUCCAUUCCUAAUCAAUCUUCUGCAGCUAAGUGGCUCCUAGUUAAAUGUGAGAACCCUGCUGUUGUAUUGCACCACCAACAAUAUAUAAAAUGCUGUUGAGCACCACAACAGGUAUUUCCAGUUCCUUAAUCCUCCCCCUGCACAGCAGAAGAGUUUCUGGACCCUGCAGGCUGAAGUUUUCCCAGCCCUGCAUCCAGUAUUGACCUCACAUCCUACCCAGUGAUGAAAUCAAACUACUGCAACCUGCAGGCCAGCGCUUUCCUCUCCCUUCUCAAUUGGUUACAAAUAAGGUCUAGUUUAUAAAAUCAUGUUUUUUCCAAAGUAAUUAUUUCCAAGAAUCACCACAAAUGGGGGAAUUGUCAUUUUUGUUGUAUUUGUGUUUAUUAGAAUAUAUGUACUUAUUACAAUUGUCAUUGUAAUAAACAGUAGUUCUUCAUAA